AUGAAAGGUUGAUCAUAGAGAAUGUCAGUCUUUGUGAUUCAAUAGAACUCUUAUCAUUCACUCCUUGUGAGUCCUUGUUUCUGAGAGUCCUCCUGAUCCUCAGUGUUGAUAUUGAGGUUUCUGACAGCAUGCUGUUCCUCUCAGAUCCAGCAGGCCCGUCCUCAGGAGGAGCUCCCGGUCCAUGCAGUGUUCUCUGUGGGUGAUGUGGUGUGGACCAAGGUGUCAGGAUACCCCUGGUGGCCCUGCAUGGUCUCUACCGACCCAGAACUCAACACACACCUCAAACACAAAGGUAAGAACACAUAACAGAACAGACUACCUGCCCAGUCCUUAGACACACACGGUUUGGUUAGAUUGAAAAGAGAAGUUAGAAACCAUGUUUUAGAUGGCAAUAGUAACCAGUGGAAUCUUUUUGCAUGGAAGUUCUAACAUUCAUCAGCUAAUGUUUUUAAUGUUACUUUAUUUCAGCAAUUAACAGCCAUACGUCUGGCAUCCUGUACCACGUUCAGUAUUUUGGGAACACCCCGGAGAGGGGCUACAUCUUUGAGAAGAACAUGGUGUCAUUCAGGGGGGAGGAGCAAUAUGUUGAGCUCUGCCAUGGCAACAAACAACCAUCCUCCCGGGUCGUCCACAGAAAGGUACAGUCACCUUAAACCCCCACCCAAUCACUCAAGUUUUCUUCAGGACAUUUACCUUUUCUAGUAAUGUCAUCACUGUCCUCUGAGCUCUACUGUCAAUCUGAGCUCUACUGUCAAUCUGAGCUCUACUGUCAAUCUGAGCUCUACUGUCAAUCUGAGCUCUACUGUCAAUCUGAGCUCUACUGUCAAUCUGAGCUCUACUGUCAAUCUGAGCUCUACUGUCAAUCUGAGCUCUACUGUCAAUCUGAGCUCUACUGUCAAUCUGAGCUCUAAUGUCCUCUACUAGUAGUUCUGAGUUCUGCUCUCCUCUGUCCCCAGAGUACCACUUCUUCCGUGCCCAGGAAGCUCCAUGCCCAGUGGGUGGUAGGCAUCACUCAGGCCAAGGAAGCUGCCAGCCUGGCCCUGGAUGAACGCCUGGCCAAGUACACCUUUACCUACGAUACUGACGGACCACACCUCAACCCCCGCCUGCUGGCUGAGCCUGGCCCAAACCCCAACCCUGCUGGCCCCAACCCUGCUGAGGCUGGCCCAGACCCCAACCCUGCUGAGGCUGGCCCAGACCCCAACCCUGCUGAGGCUGGCCCAGACCCCAACCCUGCUGAGGCUGGCCCAGACCCCAACCCUGCUGAGGCUGGCCCAGACCCCAACCCUGCUGAGGCUGGCCCAGACCCCAACCCUGCUGAGGCUGGCCCAGACCCCAACCCUGCUGAGGCUGGCCCAGACCCCAACCCUGCUGAGGCUGGCCCAGACCCCAACCCUGCUGAGGCUGGCCCAGACCCCAACCCUGCUGAGGCUGGCCCAGACCCCAACCCUGCUGAGGCUGGCCCAGACCCCAACCCUGCUGAGGCUGGCCCAGACCCCAACCCUGCUGAGGCAGGCCCAGACCCCAACCCUGCUGAGGCUGGCCCAGACCCCACCCUGCUGAGGCUGGCCCAGACCCCAACCCUGCUGAGGCUGGCCCAGACCCCAACCCUGCUGAGGCUGGCCCAGACCCCAACCCUGGACUAGAGCAGACACAGGCCCAAGCACCGGACCAUGAGCAGGAACCAUCCAGGCUGACCCUCCUGCCUCCCAGCCCAGCCAGACCCCCAGUCCAGCCCACCCCCACAGACCGCAGCACUUCACUGGGGAAGAAGAAGAGCAGCAGCCCCAGAACUACAGACGGAACCGAGAAAGGAGGGAAACGGAAGCAGACCACUUCAACGACUAAGAAGACUAACGUCCUGGUCUCCCAUAAAGGACAAACACAGGUCUGGAUAAACUAGAAUAAUGUUCAUGGUCUAUAUACUAUGUUAUUUACAGGUGAAAUGUAUUGAGUUUCAAGAGUGAAAACAGUCACUUUCUGGUGUCCUUAUUUUGAGGAAGUUGUUGUUUGUAGGAUCUCGUCUCCCCCAGCUCAGAGACUGAACUACUUGAACCUCACAAGCAGAAACAGAAGAAGUCCAAACUGAAACCUCAACUACCUGCCAAGACGGGGAGGAAGAGGUGCAAAGGGGUUGCCUUGACUACCAACAUCCAUGCACCUAUAGGUAAGUUAGGGUCAUAUCAACAUAUCGUCAGUUAAUCAAUGUGUCGUCAGUUAUAGGUAGGGUAUUAUUUAGCUUUGUAAAAUGUGUCACUUGUCAGCUAACAUGUCUGUUUUCCUCAUAGCUAAGAAUGGUUCCAAAACCAAGACCUGUCCCAUUAAAGAAGAGCUAAAGGCAGAACCUAAAGGUGAAAAGCUGCUGUUGAUACCAACUCAGCCAUUAGUUCCACAGAGCAUCUACUGAUCAGGUGAAUGUCUGUCUGUUGGAGUUUCAUCACUAUCUGUUCUCUAACUUGUUUCCAGGGAAGAAGAGUCCUCAGAAGCAGCUGCCUAAACAAGCUCCAGAGGAGACCGACGAGGACCAGCAACCCAAGAAGAAACGCAAAGUUGGUGACAAACAGAAGGUGAGUUAUUAAUCUGUUAUGUUGUGUGUCAGGUACGAUACGGUGGUGUAUCCAGUACGAUACGGUGGUGUAUCCAGUAUGAUACGGUGGUGUAUCCAGUAUGAUACGGUGGUGUAUCCAGUACGAUACGGUGGUGUAUCCAGUACGAUACGGUGGUGUAUCCAGUAUGAUACGGUGGUGUAUCCAGUAUGAUACGGUGGUGUAUCCAGUACGAUACGGUGGUGUAUCCAGUACGAUACGGUGGUGUAUCCAGUACGAUACGGUGGUGUAUCCAGUACGAUACGGUGGUGUAUCCAGUACGAUACGGUGGUGUAUCCAGUACGAUACGGUGGUGUAUCCAGUACGAUACGGUGGUGUAUCCAGUACGAUACGGUGGUGUAUCCAGUACGAUACGGUGGUGUAUCCAGUACGAUACGGUGGUGUAUCCAGUACGAUACGGUGGUGUAUCCGUACGAUACGGUGGUGUAUCCAGUACGAUACGGUGGUGUAUCCAGUACGAUACGGUGGUGUAUCCAGUACGAUACGGUGGUGUAUCCAGUACGAUCCGUGGUGUAUCCAGUACGAUCCGGUGGUGUAUCCAGUACGAUCCGGUGGUGUAUCCAGUACGAUCCGGUGGUGUAUCCAGUACGAUACGGUGGUGUAUCCAGUACGAUACGGUGGUGUAUCCAGUACGAUACGGUGGUGUAUCCAGUACGAUACGGUGGUGUAUCCAGUACGAUACGGUGGUGUAUCCAGUACGAUACGGUGGUGUAUCCAGUACGAUCCGGUGGUGUAUCCAGUAUGAUCCGGUGGUGUAUCCAGUAUGAUCCGGUGGUGUAUCCAGUAUGAUCCGGUGGUGUAUCCAGUAUGAUCCGGUGGUGUAUCCAGUAUGAUCCGGUGGUGUAUCCAGUAUGAUCCGGUGGUGUAUCCAGUAUGAUCCGGUGGUGUAUCCAGUAUGAUCCGGUGGUGUAUCCAGUACGAUACGGUGGUGUAUCCAGUACGAUACGGUGGUGUAUCCAGUACGAUCCGGUGGUGUAUCCAGUAUGAUCCGGUGGUGUAUCCAGUAUGAUCCGGUGGUGUAUCCAGUACGAUACGGUGGUGUAUCCAGUACGAUACGGUGGUGUAUCCAGUACGAUACGGUGGUGUAUCCAGUAUGAUCCGGUGGUGUAUCCAGUAUGAUACGGUGGUGUAUCCAGUACGAUACGGUGGUGUAUCCAGUAUGAUACGGUGGUGUAUCCAGUAUGAUCCGGUGGUGUAUCCAGUAUGAUACGGUGGUGUAUCCAGUACGAUACGGUGGUGUAUCCAGUAUGAUACGGUGGUGUAUCCAGUAUGAUCCGGUGGUGUAUCCAGUACGAUACGGUGGUGUAUCCAGUAUGAUCCGGUGGUGUAUCCAGUAUGAUCCGGUGGUGUAUCCAGUACGAUACGGUGGUGUAUCCAGUACGAUACGGUGGUGUAUCCAGUAUGAUACGGUGGUGUAUCCAGUACGAUCCGGUGGUGUAUCCAGUAUGAUCCGGUGGUGUAUCCAGUAUGAUCCGGUGGUGUAUCCAGUAUGAUACGGUGGUGUAUCCAGUAUGAUACGGUGGUGUAUCCAGUAUGAUCCGGUGGUGUAUCCAGUAUGAUACGGUGGUGUAUCCAGUACGAUACGGUGGUGUAUCCAGUAUGAUACGGUGGUGUAUCCAGUAUGAUCCGGUGGUGUAUCCAGUACGAUACGGUGGUGUAUCCAGUAUGAUCCGGUGGUGUAUCCAGUAUGAUACGGUGGUGUAUCCAGUAUGAUACGGUGGUGUAUCCAGUACGAUACGGUGGUGUAUCCAGUAUGAUACGGUGGUGUAUCCAGUACGAUACGGUGGUGUAUCCAGUAUGAUACGGUGGUGUAUCCAGUAUGAUACGGUGGUGUAUCCAGUACGAUCCGGUGGUGUAUCCAGUAUGAUCCGGUGGUGUAUCCAGUAUGAUCCGGUGGUGUAUCCAGUAUGAUACGGUGGUGUAUCCAGUAUGAUACGGUGGUGUAUCCAGUAUGAUCCGGUGGUGUAUCCAGUAUGAUACGGUGGUGUAUCCAGUAUGAUCCGGUGGUGUAUCCAGUACGAUACGGUGGUGUAUCCAGUACGAUCCGGUGGUGUAUCCAGUACGAUCCGGUGGUGUAUCCAGUAUGAUACGGUGGUGUAUCCAGUAUGAUCCGGUGGUGUAUCCAGUAUGAUACGGUGGUGUAUCCAGUAUGAUCCGGUGGUGUAUCCAGUACGAUACGGUGGUGUAUCCAGUAUGAUCCGGUGGUGUAUCCAGUACGAUACGGUGGUGUAUCCAGUAUGAUACGGUGGUGUAUCCAGUACGAUACGGUGGUGUAUCCAGUACGAUACGGUGGUGUAUCCAGUAUGAUACGGUGGUGUAUCCAGUAUGAUCCGGUGGUGUAUCCAGUACGAUACGGUGGUGUAUCCAGUAUGAUCCGGUGGUGUAUCCAGUACGAUACGGUGGUGUAUCCAGUAUGAUCCGGUGGUGUAUCCAGUAUGAUCAGUGAUUUCCAUUGGCACCGGCUGUCGGCUACUUUUCCCUCUUCAUAUUAACUUUGCAAACAUUUUUUUAAAUGUUUGCAAAUGUAUUAAAAAUAAACAAACCUCAUUUACAUAAGUAUUCAGACCCUUUGCUAUGAGACUCAAAAUUGAGCUCAGGUGCAUCCUGUUUCCAUUGAUCAUCCUUGAGAUGUUUUUAGAACGUGAUUGGAGUCCACCUGUGGUAAAUUCAAUUGAUUGGAUAUUAUUUGGAAAGGCAGACACCUGUCUAUAUAAGGUCCCACAGUUCAUAGUGCAUGUCAGAGUAAAAACCAAGCCAUGAGGCCGAAGGACUUGUCCGUAGAGCUCCGAGACAGGAUUCUGUCGAGGCACAGAUCUGGGGAAGGGUACCAAAAAAUGUCAGCAGCAUUGAAGGUCCCCAAGAACACAGUGGCCUCCAUCAUUCUUAAAUGGAGGAAGUUUGGAACCACCACCAAUCUUAUUAAAGCUGGCUGCCCGGGCAAACUGAGCAAUCGGGGGAGAAGGGCCUUGGUCUAGGAGGUGACUAAGAACCCGAUGAUCACUCUGACAGAGCUCUAGAGGUCCUCUAGAGUUUUUCAGCGGCAGAUGAAUUGAGGGAAAGAUGAACGGAGCAAAGUACAGAGAGAUCCUUGAUGAAAACCUGCUCCAGAGCGCUCAGGACCUCAGACUGGGGCGAAGGUUCACCUUCCAACAGGACAACGACCCUAAGCACACAGCCAAGACAACACAGGAGUGGCUUCGGGACAAGUCUCUGAAUGUCCUUGAGUGGCCCAGCCAGAGCCCGGACUUGAACCAGAUCAAACAUCUCUGGAGAGACCUGAAAAUAGCUGUGCAGUGACGCUCCCCAUCCAACCUGACAGAGCUUGAGAGGAUCUGCAGAGAAGAAUGGGAGAAACUCCCCAAAUACAGGUGUGCCAAGCUUGUAGCGUCAUACCCAAGAAGACUCUAGGCUGUAAUCGCUGCCAAAGGUGCUUCAACAAAGUACUGAGUAAAGGGUCUAAAUACUAUGGAUAUUUCAGUUUUUUAUUUAAUACAUUUGCAAACAUUUCUAAAAUCCAUAUUUUUGCUUUGCCAUUAUGGGGUAUUGUAUGUAGAUCGAUGGAAUAAAAUUUAGAAAUGGGCUGUAACAGAAUGUGGAAAAAGUCAAGGGGUCUGAAUACUUUCCAAAUACACAUACAAAUACAGUACCAGUCAAAAGUUUGGACACACCUACUCAUUCAAGGGUUUUCCUUUAUUUUUUCUAUUUUCUACAUUGUAGAAUAAUAGUGAAGACAUCAAAACUAUGAAAUAACACACAUAGAAUCAUGUAGUAACCAAAAAAGUGUUAAACAAAUCAAAAUAUAUUUUAGAUUCUUCAAAGUAGCCACCCUUUGCCUUGAUGACAGCUUUGCACACUAUAUAUUUUUCUUCUCACUCAAAUUACAUUUACAUAAUUAUUCAGACCCUUUACACAUUACUUUGUUGAAGAACCUUUGGCAGCGAUUACAUCCUCAAGUCUUCUUGGGUAUGAAGCUACAGGCUUUGUACACCUGUAUUUGGGGAGUUUCUCCCAUUAUUCUCUGCAGAUCCUCUCAAGCUCUGUCAGGUUGGAUGGGGAGCGUCGCUGCACAGCUAUUUUCAGGUCUCUCCAGAGAUGUUCGGUCACUCUACCAUAAAGGCCUGAUUGGUGGAGAGCUGCAGAGAUGGUUGUCCUUCUGGAAGGUUCUCCCAUCUCCACAGAGGAACUCUGGCGCUCUGUCAGAGUGACCAUUGGGUUCUUGGUCACCUCCCUGACUAAGGCCCUUCUCCCCCGAUUGCUCAGUUUGGCCGGGCGGCCAGCUCUAGGAAGAGUCUUGGUGGUUCCAAACUUCUUCCAUUUAAGAAUGAUGGAGGUCACUUCUUGGGGACCUUCAAUGCUGCAGAAAUGUUUUGGUACCCUUCCCCAAAAAUGUUCACCUGCCCCUUUAAGGGCGGGAGGUUACCGUGGUAACGCGACUGGAGUCAUGUGCUUGUGAGAUUGAGUCUGACUUCUCUUCCCUAGCAGUUGAAAUUCAAACAUUGAAAUACAACCUAGGUUUUUUUGUUCACAAUGUAAAUAGCCAAAAAAACACAAGGACAAAGUCUCACGUCAGUGUUUAGUUUCAAGUAAAUUAGACCAACUUUUAUGGCUGUGCGCAGCGCUUAUUAAAAUGUAUCUUUCACUCAGCUCUUCAUGUGCGCACGGCCCCCAGCCAGGCAGUGUUGCAGCGCGAGGUGGGACAGGCUAUAGGAUUCCUAGUUCUUUUACUUUGUGCGAUUUAAUUUACCACCUAUGAAACAAAACGGCAGAAUUACUUUGAAACGGCUACUGCAGCAUUUAUUUUGCUAUAAAUGUGAUCAUACUUAUGGCUGUGACGGUCAUUACAUUUUGUCAGCCGGUUAUUGUCAUGCAGAAGUCUGCCGGUCUCACGGUAAUUAACCGUUAAUUAACACUAACACGUUUAGCACCUCCCGGCCUCCAAGCCUCUGAUGCGAGCCUUUGGAACUUCUACAUUUAAAAAAACUCAUGGUUUAUUUUGAUGGUGUAUAUUCAAUUAAUGUACACCAUCAGGCCAUUAGGACCUGAUGGUUAGAGGGACAAUAGAGCCCUGAGUACCAGGCCAUUAGGACCUGAUGGUUAGAGGGACAAUAGAGCCCUGAGUACCAGGCCAUUAGGACCUGAUGGUUAGAGGGUCAAUAGAGCCCUGAGUACCAGGUCAUUAGGACCUGAUGGUUAGAGGGACAAUAGAGCCCAGAGUACCAGGCCAUUAGGACCUGAUGGUUAGAGGGACAAUAGAGCCCUGAGUACCAGGUCAUUAGGACCUGAUGGUUAGAGGGACAAUAGAGCCCAGAGUACCAGGCCAUUAGGACCUGAUGGUUAGAGGGACAAUAGAGCACUGAGUACCAGGCCAUUAGGACCUGAUGGUUAGAGGGACAAUAGAGCCCUGAGUACCAGGUCAUUAGGACCUGAUGGUUAGAGGGACAAUAGAGCCCUGAGUACCAGGCCAUUAGGACCUGAUGGUUAGAGGGACAAUAGAGCCCUGAGUACCAGGCCAUUAGGACCUGAUGGUUAGAGGGACAAUAGAGCCCUGAGUACCAGGCCAUUAGGACCUGAUGGUUAGAGGGACAAUAGAGCCCUGAGUACCAGGUCAUUAGGACCUGAUGGUUAGAGGGACAAUAGAGCCCUGAGUACCAGGCCAUUAGGACCUGAUGGUUAGAGGGACAAUAGAGCCCUGAGUACCAGGCCAUUAGGACCUGAUGGUUAGAGGGACAAUAUAGCCCUGAGUACCAGGCCAUUAGGACCUGAUGGUUAGAGGGACAAUAGAGCCCUGAGUACCAGGCCAUUAGGACCAGAUGGUAGUUAGCGUGUUGGGUUCUACCAAAGCAUGUCAAAUCAAAUUUUAUUGGCCACAUGCGCCGAAUACAACAGGUGCAGACAUUACAGUGAAAUGCUUACAUACAGCCCUUAACCAACAGUGCAUUUAUUUUUAACAAAAAAGUAAAAAUAAAACAACAACAACAAAAGUGUUGAGAAAAAAAGAGCAGAAGUCAAAUAAAAUAACAGUAGGGAGGCUAUAUAUACAGGGGGGUACCGGUACAGAGUCAAUGUGCGGGGGCACCGGCUAGUUGAGGUAGUUGAAGUAAUAUGUACAUGUGGGUAGAGUUAAAGUGACUAUGCAUAAAUAAUUAACAGAGUAGCAGCAGCGUAAAAGGAUGGGGUGGGGGGGCAGUGCAAAUAGUCUGGGUAGCCAUGAUUAGCUGUUCAGGAGUCUUAUGGCUUGGGGGUAGAAGCUGUUGAGAAGUCUUUUGGACCCAGACUUGGCACUCCGGUACCGCUUGCCGUGCGGUAGCAGAGAGAACAGUCUAUGACUAGGGUGGCUGGAGUCUUUGACAAUUUUUAGGGCCUUCCUCUGACACCACCUGGUAUAGAGGUCCUGGAUGGCAGGAAGCUUGGCCCCAGUGAUGUACUGGGCCGUACGCACUACCCUCUGUAGUGCCUUGCGGUUGGAGGCCAAGCAGUUGCCAUACCAGGCGGUGAUGCAACCAGUCAGGAUGCUCUUGAUGGUGCAGCUGUAGAACUUUUUGAGGAUCUGAGGACCCAUGCUAAAUCUUUUCAGUCUCCUGAGGGGGAAUAGGCUUUGUCGUACCCUCUUCACGACUGUCUUGGUGUGUUUGGACCAUGAUAGUUAGUUGGUGAUGUGGACACAAAGGUACUUGAAGCUCUUAACCUGUUCCACAAUCAUCUCCUUUGUCUUGGUCACGUUGAGGGAGAGGUUGUUGUCCUGGCACCACACUGCCAGGUCUCUGACCUCCUCCCUAUAGGCUGUCUCAUCGUUGUCGGUGAUCAGGCCUACCACUGUUGUGUUGUAGGCAAACUUAAUGAUGGUGUUGGAGUCGUGCCUGGCCAUGCAGUCAUGGGUGAACAGGGAGUACAGGAGGGGACUGAGCACGCACCCCUGAGGGGCCCCCGUGUUGAGGGUCAGCGGGGCAGAUGUGCUGUUACCUACCCUUACCACCUGGGGGUGGCCCAGGUGCUCUCAUGCAUGCUUCAGUGUUGCUUCCCUUGAAGCGAGCAUAGAAGUGAUUUAGCUCGUUUGGGAGGCUUGUGUCACUGGGCAGCCCUUUUUUUAUUUUUUCAAUUGAACUUUUAAUUUAUUUUUCAAGAGGAUGUGGGCUAUGUUUCUGUUUUAGUAAAAUACGUCAUUUGAAGAACAAACAUCAUUGUGACAAUUCAUAUCUCGCAGUAAAACUUGAAAUAAUACUUUAAUCUCGAGGAGACGUGUUAAAUGUUCUCUUAGAAAAUAGUCUAUCACAUAGGCCUAGACGAUAUGCAAAACAACUAACAAUGCACUGAAUUCAGAAAUGUUCUGUGAUUUUUAUUUAUUUAUUGUAAAGUCAAUUAUUUCUACUCAAUACCACACAUUUUUCCAAUCUGGUAUUUUGGUAUUUUAUUAGGAUCCCCAUUAGCUGUUGUGAAAGCAGCAGCUACUCUUCCUGGGUUCCAGACAAAACAUGAAACAUGACAUAAUACAGAACAUUAAUAGACAAGAACAGCUCAAGGACAGAACUACAUCAAUUUUCAAAAAGGCACACGUAGCCUACAUAUCAAUACAUACACACAAACUAUCUAGGUCAAAUAGGGGAGAGGCGUUGUUCCUGGCUCUCUAUAAUACUGUACGCUUCCUUGAAUGUGUCAGAGACGUGUGUAAAUUGACUAUGCAAACAAUUGAGAAUUUUCUUAUAAAAAGAAGCGAUGCAGUCAGUCUCUCCUCAACUCUUAGCCAAGAGAGACUGGCAGAGAGACUGGCAGAGAGACUGGCAGAGAGACUGGCAGAGAGACUGGCAGAGAGACUGGCAGAGAGACUGGCAGGGAGACUGGCAGGGAGACUGGCAGAGAGACUGGCAGGGAGACUGGCAGAGAGACUGGCAGAGAGACUGGCAUGCAUAGUAUUUAUAUCAGCCCUCUGAUUAUAAUGAAGAGCAAGACGUGUCGCUCUGUUCUGGGCCAGCUGCAGCUUAACUAGGUCUUUCCUUGCAGCACUCGACCACACGACUGGACAAUAAUCAAGAUAAUACAAAAAUAAACUUGAUCAUUUUGCUGUGUAUUUUGGAUCGAAUUAAGGCAUUAGAAUGUACCAGAGGCUACCAAAACCUAGCUGGCCCCUGUAUUCUAUUUGGAUGGCUACUCUAUGUACUGCCAGUAUGUUGCCUUUUUAGAUGUCCAUGAUGAUAAUGAUGAGUCUGAUUUUCCUCUCCUAACUCUAACCCCAGGCUGUAGCAGCAGACUCCUCCGCCCCCACGAAGAAGAGAAACAGAAAGAAAACGGAGACACAAGUCAAAGGAUCCACUAGUUCUAAAUCACCAGAGAAAGAACCAGAGAAGACCAAGCCAAUCAGGAAGAGGAGGCAGGACUCAGGCAGCCAAUCAGCAGCCUCCCAGACCAGCAAGAGGAAGCGAGCAGCAGCCAGUCCUGAGCCAGAGUGCUCUGGCAGUGAGGAGCGUCCAGAGUCCCCCAGUGACAGCAUAGACCAGACCAACGGGACCAAGAAGACCAACGGUGGAGGCCCCAAGAAGGAAUCUGUCUGUCAGGUGAGAACAGCUCAUCUCCCAGGGUUAGGUUGGGGGGAGUUUCAAUCUUAUCAGUUUCACUGUGUUGUGUUAUAGGUGUGUGGUUCACUGUGUUGUGUUAUAGGGGUGUGGUUCACUGUGUUAUAGGGGUGUGGUUCACUGUGUUAUAGGGGUGUGGUUCACUGUGUUAUAGGGGUGUGGUUCACUGUGUUGUGUUAUAGGGGUGUGGUUCACUGUGUUUGUGUUAUAGGGGUGUGGUUCAAUGUUGUGUUAUAGGGGUGUGGUUCCACGGUGUGUUAUAGGGGUGUGGUUCACUGUGUUAUAGGGGUGUGGUUCACUGUGUAUAGGGGUGUGGUUCACUGUGUUAUAGGGGUGUGGUUCACUGUGUUGUGUAAUAGGGGUGUGGUUCACUGUGUUGCUGACUGUGUGUUAUAGGUGUGUGGUUCACUGUGUUGUGUUAUAGGGUGUGGUUCACUGUGUUGUGUUAUAGGGGUGUGGUUCACUGUGUUGUGUUAUAGGGGUGUGGUUCACUGUGUUGUGUUAUAGGGGUGUGGUUCACUGUGUUGUGUUAUAGGUGUGUGGUUCACUGUGUUGCUGACUGUGUUGUGUUAUAGGGGUGUGGUUCACUGUGUUGUGUUAUAGGGGUGUGGUUCACUGUGUGUUAUAGGGGUGUGGUUCACUGUGUUGUGUUAUAGGGGUGUGGUUCACUGUGUUGUGUUAUAGGGGUGUGGUUCACUGUGUUGUGUUAUAGGGGUGUGGUUCACUGUGUUGUGUUAUAGGGGUGUGGUUCACUGUGUUAUAGGGGUGUGGUUCACUGUGUUAUAGGGGUGUGGUUCACUGUGUUAUAGGGGUGUGGUUCACUGUGUUAUAGGGGUGUGGUUCACUGUGUUAUAGGGGUGUGGUUCACUGUGUUGUGUUAUAGGGGUGUGGUUCAGUGUUGUGUAAUAGGGGUGUGGUUCACUGUUGCUGACUGUGUUGUGUUAUAGGGGUGUGGUUCACUGUGUUGUGUUAUAGGGGUGUGGUUCACUGUGUUAUAGGGGUGUGGUUCACUGUGUUAUAGGGGUGUGGUUCACUGUGUUGUGUUAUAGGGGUGUGGUUCACUGUGUUGUGUUAUAGGGGUGUGGUUCACUGUGUUGUGUUAUAGGGGUGUGGUUCACUGUGUUGUGUUAUAGGGGUGUGGUUCACUGUGUUGUGUUAUAGGGGUGUGGUUCACUGUGUUGUGUUAUAGGGGUGUGGUUCACUGUGUUAUAGGGGUGUGGUUCACUGUGUUGUGUUAUAGGGGUGUGGUUCACUGUGUUGUGUUAUAGGGGUGUGGUUCACUGUGUUGUGUUAUAGGGGUGUGGUUCACUGUGUUGUGUUAUAGGGGUGUGGUUCACUGUGUUGUGUUAUAGGGGUGUGGUUCACUGUGUUGUGUUAUAGGGGUGUGGUUCACUGUGUUGUGUUAUAGGGGUGUGGGUUCACUGUGUUGUGUUAAUAGGGGUGUGGUUCACUGUGUUGUGUUAUAGGGGUGUGGUUCACUGUGUUGUGUUAUAGGGGUGUGGUUCACUGUGUUGUGUUAUAGGGGUGUGGUUCACUGUGUUGUGUAUAGGGGUGUGGUUCACUGUGUUGUGUAAUAGGGUGGUGGUUCACUGUGUUGUGUAAAAGGGGUGUGGUUCACUGUGUUGUGUUACUAGGGGUGUGGUUCACUGUGUUGGUUAUAGGGGUGUGGUUCACUGUGUUGUGUUAUAGGGUGUGGUUCACUUGUGUUGCGACUGUGUUUGUGUUAUAGGGGUGUGGUUCACUGUGUUGUAUAGGGGUGUGGUUCACUGUGUUAUAGGGGUGUGGUUCACUGUGUUUUGUUAUAGGGGUGUGGUUCACUGUGUUGGUUAUAGGGGUGUGGUUCACUGUGUUGUGUUAUAGGGGUGUGGUUCACUGUGUUGUGUUAUAGGGGUGUGGUUCACUGUGUUAUAGGUGUGGUUCACGUGUUAUAUAGGGGUGUGGUUUCACUGUGUUAUAGGGUUGGUUCACUGUGUUAUAGGGGUGUGGUUCACUGUGUUAUAGGGGUGUGGUUCACUGUGUUAUAGGGGUGUGGUUCACUGUGUGUAUAGGGGUGUGGUUCACUGUGUUGUUAUAGGGGUGUGGUUCACUGUGUUGUUAUAGGGGUGUGGUUCACUGUGUUGUGUUAUAGGGGUGUGGUUCACUGUGUUGUGUUUAUAGGGGUGUGGUUCACUGUGUUUAGGGUGUGGUUCACUGUUUUUAUAGGGGUGUGGUUCACGUGUUGGGUUGUGUUCAGGUAGGGGUGUGGUUCACUGUGUGUGUUAUAGGGGUGUGGUUCACUGUGUUGUUUAUAGGGGUGUGUUCACUGUGUUUAUAGGGGUGUGGUUCACUGUGUUGUGUAUAGGGUGUGGUUCACUGUUGUGUUAUAGGGGUGUGGUUCACGUGUUGUUAUAGGGGUGUGGUUCACUGUGUUAUAGGGGUGUGGUUCACGUUGUGUUAUAGGGGUGUGGUUCACUGUGUUGUGUUAUAGGGGUGUGGUUCACUGGUUGUGUUUGUGUUAUAGGGUGUGGUUCACUGUGUUUGUUAUAGGGGUGUGGUUCACUGUGUUGUAUAGGGGUGUGGUUCACUGUGUUUAUAGGGGUGUGGUUCACUGUGUUUGUUAUAGGGGUGUGGUUCACUGUGUUAUAGGGGUGUGGUUCACUGUGUUGUGUUAUAGGGGUGUGGUUCACUGUGUUGCUGUGUGUUUUAUAGGGGUGGUUCACUGUGUGUUCACUGUGUUGUGUAUAGGGGUGUGGUUCACUGUGUUGUGUUAUAGGGGUGUGGUUCACUGUGUUGUGUUAUAGGGGUUGUGUUCACUGUGUUGUGUAUAGGGGUGUGGUUCACUGGUUGUUAUAGGGGUUGGUUCACUGUGUUGUGUUAUAGGGGUGUGGUUCACUGUGUUGCUGACUGUGUUGUGUUAUAGGGGUGUGGUUCACUGUGUUGUGUUAUAGGGGUGUGGUUCACUGUGUUGUGUUAUAGGGGUGUGGUUCACUGUGUUGCUGACUGUGUUGUGUUAUAGGGGUGUGGUUCACUGUGUUGCUGACUGUGUUGUGCUAUAGGUGUGUGAGCAGGCUGGAGAGGACGUGGUGCCAUGUGAGGGUCAGUGCUGUGGGUCCUUCCACCUCUCCUGUCUAGGACGCACCCUGAAACCACAGGACAAGCUGCUCUGUCCAGAAUGCACCUCAGGUAAGAUCAUCCGUCAGGCUGCCUGUGUGGAGCAGCUCCGGUAAUGACUGGUGGCAGGUUAACCCCUUCUGUCUGUCCUCCUCUUUCUCUCUCCAGGGGUGCACCAGUGUUUCAGCUGUAAGCUGUCAGAUGGGGAGGUGCAUCGUUGUAAUGUGCAGCACUGUGGGAAGUUCUACCAUGAAGCCUGCGUCCGCCCCAACGCCCUCACGGUGUUCGACAACAAGGGCUUCCGCUGCCCCCUCCACACCUGUCUCAGCUGCCACUCUAAACCCAAGGCUGCCAAGGGUGAGUCAGUACCCUAACCCAAGGGUGAGUCAGUACCCUAACCCAAGGGUGAGUCAGUACCCUAACCCAAGGGUGAGUCAGUACCCUAACCCAAGGGUGAGUCAGUACCCUAACCCAAGGGUGAGUCAGUACCCUAACCCAAGGGUGAGUCAGUACCCUAACCCAAGGGUGAGUCAGUACCCUAACCCAAGACUACUAAGGGUGAGUCAGUACCCUAACCCUAGACUACUAAGGGUGAGGCAGACUGGGUCCCUCACCGCUAAACCCUAACCCUUUCCAUGAGAUUUAGUCAAUGGGCAGUUUUGACUCUGAGAUCUGUAGGCUGUUGGUCGACCGAGAUAUCUUUAGUCGAGCAGUCACAAAUACAGUGAGGGAAAAAAGUAUUUGAUCCCCUGCUGAUUUUGUACGUUUGCCCACUGACAAAGACAUGAUCAGUCUAUAAUUUUAAUGGUAGGUUUAUUAGAACAGUGAGAGACAGAAUAACAACAAAAAAAUCCAGAAAAACACGUCAAAAAUGAUAUAAAUUGAUUAGCAUUUUAAUGAGGGAAAUAAGUAUUUGACCCCUCUGCAAAACAUGACUUAGUACUUGGUGGCAAAACCCUUGUUGGCAAUCAGAGGUCAGACGUUUCUUGUAGUUGGCCACCAGGUUUGCACACAUUUCAGGAGGGAUUUUGUCCCACUCAAAUACUUUUUUUUCCCUCACUGUAGUAAUUUUUUUUCAUGACGCACAAGACACCAGUCUGGCUCCUGUCUGAGUGGACUGAUCCAUUGUAGAGGCCGUGGGGACACCUGUCUGAUUAGAGCCUGUCUGAGUGGACUGAUCCAUUGUGGAGGCCGUUGGGACACCUGUCUGAUUGGAGCCUGUCUGAGUGGACUGAUCCAUUGUGGAGGCCGUUGGGACACCUGUCUGAUUGGAGCCUGUCUGAGUGGACUGAUCCAUUGUGGAGGCCGUUGGGACACCUGUCUGAUUGGAGCCUGUCUGAGUGGACUGAUCCAUUGUGGAGGCCGUGGGGAUACCUGUCUGAUUGGAGCCUGUCUGAGUGGACUGAUCCAUUGUGGAGGCCGUGGGGAUGGCACAGUCCAUCAGUCUAAGACAAGUGUUACUGAAAUUGUAUAUGGUUAUAUUAUGUAAGAACAAUGGUGCAACACUAAUACAAAUUAUAUUAUCUUAUAGCAAAUGCGCUUUCUCCCACGUUGGAUAGUGGUCGCUGUCCGCGGUUCUGAAACACAUCAGUGUGCUUUUGAAUUGCCGCCUUUUCCUAGACCAUGUUGCUAUGUGCAUAAUAGCAAAGUUAACCAGCAUAUUGGUGUUGAGAACAAAGCGGGGGAGGCAGCAGCGGAGGGAGGAGAUGAGGAAACAGCCCUUGCCUCAAUUGUCUAAGAAAAGUGAGGCGAGAGGAAACCCCAACUUAAUUAGGUCUAUAAUCAAUAGCCUAACUGUUAAUGUGCCGGGCUUUAUGAAUCUAAAUCAAAUUUUGUCACAUGCGCCGAAUUCAACAGGUAUCGUGAAAUGCUUAUGAGCCCUUAACCAACAAAAUACAAAUAACAUGCAUAUAUACAAGGAGUACCAGUACUGAGUCAAUGUGCAAAGGUACAGUUAUAAUUGAGGUAAUAUGUCCAUAUACUGUAGGUAGGGGUAAAGGGACUAUGCAUAGUAAAUAAACAGAGGAGCAGCAGUAUAUGAGAAGAGUGUGAAUGUGUCAGUUUAGUGCAUGUGUGAUUAGAGUCCAGUGAGUGCACAUCGAGCAUGUGCAAGAGAGUCGGUAAUAAAAUAAGGGGUCAAUGCAAAUAGUCCAUUUGAUUAACUGUUCAGCAGUCUUAUGGCUUGGGGGUAGAAGCUGUUAAGGAGCCUUUUGGUCCCAGACUGGCACUCAGGCACCGCUUGCCGUGCGGCAGCAGAGAGAACGGUCUAUGAAUUGGGGGCUGGAGUCUUACCAUUUUUUAGGGCCUUCCUCUGACACCGCCUGGUAUAGAGGUCCUGGAUGGCAGGAAGCUUGACCCCAGUGAUGUACUGGGCCGUACGCACUACCCUCUGUAGUGCCUUGCGGUCGGAUGCUGAGCACUUGCCAUACCAAGUGGUGAUGCAACCAGUCAGGAUGCUCUCGAUGGUGCAGCUGUAGAAUGUUUUGAGGAUAUGAGGUCCCAUGCCGAAUCUUCUCAGCCUCCUGAGGGGGAAUAGGCGUUGUGUCCUCUACACGACUUUUGGUGUGUUUGGACCAUAAUAGGUCCUUAGUGAUGUAGACACAUUUACAUUUAACAUUUAAGUCAUUUAGCAGAGGCUCUUAUCCAGAGCGACUAACAGUUAGUUCAACUUAGGAUGGCCAGUGGGACAACCACCUUUCUUUUUUUUGGGGGGGGGACAGUGACUCCGCUGUCCUGGCAUUGAGUGCCAGAGCAGCGAAUAGCUUUGACUGGGCUGAGCGGGAACUGUGCUUCCGUAGAGGUAGGGGGGCUAGCAGGGCAGAGGUGGAUGAAUGUAGUGCCCUCAUUUGGGUGUAGGGUCUGAUCAGAGCCUGAAGGUAAGGAGGUGCCGUUCCCCUCACAGCUCUGUAGGCAAGCACCAUGGUCUUGUAGUAGAUGCGAGCUUCAACUGGAAGCCAGUGGAGUGUGCGGAGGAGCGGGGUGACGUGAGAGAACUUGGGAAGGUUGAACACCAGACGGGCUGCAACGUUCUGGAUAAGUUGUAGGGGUUUAAUGGCACAGGCAGGGAGCCCAGCCGACAGCGAGUUGCAGUAAUCCAGACGGGAGAUGCCUGGAUUAGGACCUGUGCCGCUUUCUGUGUAAGGUAGGGUCGUACUCUGCGAAUGUUGUAGAGUAUGAACCUGCAGGAUCGGGUCACCGCUUUGAUGUUAGCGGAGAACGACAGGGUGUUGUCCAGGGUCACGCCAAGGUUCCUUGCACUCUGGGAGGAGGACACAACGGAGUUGUCAACCGUGAUGGCGAGAUCAUGGAGCGGGCAGUCCUUUCCCGGGAGGAAGAGCAGCUCCGUCUUGCCGAUGUUCAGCUUGAGGUGGUGAUCCGAAAUCCACACUGAUAUGUCUGCCAGACAUGCAGAGAUGCGAUUCGCAAACUGGUUAUCAGAAGGGGGGGAAAGGAGAACAUUAAUUGUGUGUCGUCUGCGUAGCAAUGAUAGGAGAGACCAUGUGAGGAUAUGACAGAGCCAAGUGACUUGGUGUAUAGAGAGAAUAGGAGAGGGCCUAGAACUGAGCCCUGGGGGACACCAGUGGUGAGAGCACGUGGUGCGGAGACAGAUUCUCGCCACGCCACCUGGUAGGAGCGACCUGUCAGGUAGGACGCAAUCCAAGAGUGAGCAGCGCCAGAGAUGCCCAACUCGGAGAGGGUGGAGAGGAGGAUCUGAUGGUUCACAGUAUCAAAGGCAGCAGACAGGUCUAGAAUGAUAAGAGCAGAGGAGAGAGAGUUAGCUUUAGCAGUGCGGAGAGCCUCCGUGACACAGAGAAGAGCAGUCUCAGUUGAAUGACCAGUCUUGAAACCUGACUGGUUUGGAUCAAGAAGGUCAUUCUGAGAGAGAUAGCAGGAGAGUUGGCUAGAGACGGCACGCUCAAGAGUUUUGGAGAGAAAAGAAAGAAGGGAUACUGGUCUGUAGUUGUUGACAUCGGAGGGAUCGAGUGUAGGUUUUUUGAGGAGGGGUGCAACUCUCGCUCUCUUGAAGACGGAAGGGACAAGGAUGAGUUGAUGAGCGAGGUGAGGUAAGGGAGAAGGUCUCCGGAAAUGGUCUGGAAAAGAGAGGAAUGGAUAGGGUCAAGCGGGCAGGUUGUUGGGCGGCCGGCCGUCACAAGAUUUCAUCUGGAGAGAGAGGGGAGAAAGAAGUCAAAGCAUAGGGUAGGGCAGUGUGAGCAGGACCAGCGGUGUCAUUUGACUUAAUAAAUGAGGAUCAGAUGUCGUCAACCUUCUUUUCAAAAUGGUUGACGAAGUUAUCCACAGAGAGGGAGGGGGGGGGGGGGGGGGAUUCAGCAGGGAGGAGAAGGUGGCAAAGAGCUUCCUAGGGUAAGAGGCAGAGGCUUGAAAUUUAGUGGUAGAAAGUGGCUUUAGCAGCAGAAACAGAGGAAGAAAAUGUAGAGGAGGGAGUGAAAAGAUGCCAGGUCCGCAGGGAGUCUAGUUUUCCUCCAUUUCCGCUCGGCUGCCCGGAGCCCUGUUCUGUGAGCUCGCAAUGAGUCGUCAAGCCACGGAGCUGGAGGGGAGGACCGAGCCGGCCGGGAGGAUAGGGGACAUAGAGAGUCAAAGGAUGCAGAAAGGGAGGAGAGGAGGGUUGAGGAGGCAGAAUCAGGAGAUCGGAGGGAGAAGGAUUUAGCAGAGGGAAGAGAUGAUAGGAUGGAAGAGGAGAGAGUAGCGGGGGAGAGAGGGUGAAGGUUGCGACGGCACAUUACCAUCUGAGUAUUCAUUCUCCUGAGUGGCGCAGUGGUCUAAGGCACUGCAUCACAGUGCUAGCUGUGCCACUAGAGAUCCUGGUUUGAAUCCAGGCUCUGUUGUAGCCGGCCGCGACCGGGAGACCCAUUGGGCGGCGCACAAUUGGCCCAGCAUCGUCCAGGGUAGGGGAGGGAAUGGCCGGCAGGGAUGUAGCUCAGUUGGUAGAGCAUGGCGUUUGCAACGGCAGGGUUGUGGGUUCGAUUCCCACGGGGGGCCAGUAUGAAAAAAAAAAAAAAAAAUGUAUGCACUCACUUAACUGUAAGUCGCUCUGGAUAAGAGCGUCUGCUAAAUGACUAAAAUGUAAAUGAGGAGAGGCAGAGGGAGUAGUGUUGGAGGAGAGCGAGAGAGAAAAGGAUAUAAAGUAGUGGUCGGAGACUUGGAGGGGAGUUGCAGUGAGAUUAGUAGAAGAACAGCAUCUAGUAAAGAUUAGGUCAAGCGUAUUGCCUGCCUUGUGAGUAGGGGGGGACGGUGAGAGGGUGAGGUCAAAAGAGGAGAGGAGUGGAAAGAAGGAGGCAGAGAGAAAUGAGUCAAAUGUAGACGUAGGGAGGUUGAAAUCCCCCAGAACUGUGAGGGGUGAGCCAUCCUCAGGAAAGGAACUUAUCAAGGUGUCAAGCUCAUUGAUGAACUCUCCAAGGGAACCUGGAGGGCGAUAAAUGACAAGGAUGUUAAGCUUGAAUGGGCUAGUGACAGCAUGGAAUUCAAAUGAGGAGAUGGACAGAUGGGUCAGGGGAGAAAGAGAGAAUGUCCACUUGGGAGAGAUGAGGAUUCCUGUGCCACCACCCCGCUGACCAGAUGCUCUCCGGGUAUGCGAGAACACAUGGUCAGACGAGGAGAGAGCAGUAGGAGUAGCAGUGUUUUCAGUGGUAAUCCAUGUUUCCGUCAGCGCCAAGAAGUCGAGGGACUGGAGUGUAGCAUAGGCUGAGAUGAACUCUGCCUUGUUGGCCGCAGAACUGCAGUUCCAGAGGCUGCCGGAGACCUGGAACUCCACGUUGGUGGUGCGUGCAGGGACCACCAGAUUAGAGUGGCAGCAGCCACGCGGCGUGAAGCGUUUGUAUGGCCUGUGCAGAGAGGAGAGAACAGGGAUAGACAGAGGCAUAGUUGACAGGCUACAGAAAAGGCUACAAUAAUGCAAAGGAGAUCGGAAUGAAAUUAACUAAACAUCUGGGGAAGCGAGAGAGCAGGGCCUCCCUCACUUACGUUUCACUGAAACACUCAAAUAUAACUCUCCCUACUUCCACUUUAGAAACUAUAAUUGUUGUAAACUACAGCGGUUCAAUGUUUUCUAGGAAUAGACUAACUUAGUUUAUUCAGCUAGCUAACUUGGUACAGUAUUCUUAUGUGAAAACCGCCCAGGGCUCUGACAAUGAGAAACAAGAUUCUCUGGUCUAAUGAAACCAAGAUUGAACUCUUUGGCCUGAAUGCCAAGCAUCACGUCUGGAGGAAACCUGGCACCAUCCCUACGGGGAAGCAUGGUGAACUGUAGGGUUAGGGUUAAUAUCAUGUGGUGAACUGUAGGUAAGAUGAUGUCAGGUGUGUUAAUAUAAUGUUGUGGUGUAUUGUAGGUAAGAUGAUGUCAGGUGUGUUAAUAUAAUGUUGUGGUGUAUUGUAGGUAAGAUGAUGUCAGGUGUGUUAAUAUAAUGUUGUGGUGUAUUGUAGGUAAGAUGAUGUCAGGUGUGUUAAUAUAAUGUUGUGGUGUAUUGUAGGGAAGAUGAUGUCAGGUGUGUUAAUAUAAUGUUGUGGUGUAUUGUAGGGAAGAUGAUGUCAGGUGUGUUAAUAUAAUGUUGUGGUGUAUUGUAGGGAAGAUGAUGUCAGGUGUGUUAAUAUAAUGUUGUGGUGUAUUGUAGGGAAGAUGAUGUCAGGUGUGUUAAUAUAAUGUUGUGGUGUAUUGUAGGGAAGAUGAUGUCAGGUGUGUUAAUAUAAUGUUGUGGUGUAUUGUAGGGAAGAUGAUGUCAGGUGUGUUAAUAUAAUGUUGUGGUGUAUUGUAGGGAAGAUGAUGUCAGGUGUGUUAAUAUAAUGUUGUGGUGUAUUGUAGGGAAGAUGAUGUCAGGUGUGUUAAUAUAAUGUGUGGUGUAUUGUAGGUAAGAUGAUGUCAGGUGUGUUAAUAUAAUGUUGUGGGUGUAUUGUAGGUAAGAUGAUGUCAGGUGUGUUAAUAUAAUGUUGUGGUGUAUUGUAGGUAAGAUGAUGUCAGGUGUGUUAAUAUAAUGUUGUGGUGUAUUGUAGGGAAGAUGAUGCGUUGCCUGCGCUGCCCGGUGGCGUACCAUACAGGAGAGGUGUGUGUUGCGGCUGGCAGUGAGAUGGUGACCCCCACCACCACCAUCUGCACCAACCACUUCUCCCCCAAGAAGGGCUACAGCCACCACUCACAUGUCAACGUCAGCUGGUGCUUCGUCUGCUCCAAAGGUACACAACUACAGACACUAUUAACUACAGGUACACAACUACAGACACUAUUAACUACAGGUACACAACUACAGACACUACUAACUACAGGUACACAACUACAGACACUAUUAACUACAGGUACACAACUACAGACACUAUUAACUACAGGUACACAACUACAGACACUACUAACUACAGGUACACAACUACAGACACCAUUAACUACAGGUACACAACUACAGACACCAUUAACUACAGGUACACAACUACAGACACUACUAACUACAGGUACACAACUACAGACACUACUAACUCAGGUACACAACUACAGACACUAUUAACUACAGGUACACAACUACAGACACUACUAACUACAGGUACACAACUACAGACACUAUAACUACAGGUACACAACUACAGACACUACUAACUACAGGUACACAAACCUACAGGACACUACUAACUACAGGUACACAAACUACAGACACUAUUAACUACAGGUACACAACUACAGACACUAUAACUACAGGUACACAACUACAGACACUAUUAACUACAGGUACACAAACUACAGACACUACUAACUACAGGUACACAACUACAGACACUACUAACUACAGGUACACAACUACAGACACUACUAACUACAGGUACACAACUACAGACACUACUAACUACAGGUACACAACUACAGACACUACUAACUACAGGUACACAACUACAGACACUACUAACUACAGGUACACAACUACAGACACUAUUAACUACAGGUACACAACUACAGACACUACUAACUACAGGUACACAACUACAGACACUAUUAACUACAGGUACACAACUACAGACACUAUUAACUACAGGUACACAACUACAGACACUACUAACUACAGGUACACAACUACAGACACUACUAACUACAGGUACACAACUACAGACACUAUUAACUACAGGUACACAACUACAGACACUAUAACUACAGGUACACAACUACAGACACUACUAACUACAGGUACACAACUACAGACACUACUAACUACAGGUACACAACUACAGACACUACUAACUACAGGUACACAACUACAGACACUACUAACUACAGGUACACAACUACAGACACUACUAACUACAGGUACACAACUACAGACACCAUUAACUACAGGUACACAACUACAGACACAUAUAACUACAGGUACACAACUACAGACACUACUAACUACAGGUACACAACUACAGACACUACUAACUACAGGUACACAACUACAGACACCAUUAACUACAGGUACACAACUACAGACACUACUAACUACAGGUACACAACUACAGACACUACUAACUACAGGUACACAACUACAGACACCAUUAACUACAGGUACACAACUACAGACACUAUUAACUACAGGUACACAACUACAGACACUACUAACUACAGGUACACAACUACAGACACUACUAACUACAGGUACACAACUACAGACACUAUUAACUACAGGUACACAACUACAGACACUACUAACUACAGGUACACAACUACAGACACUACUAACUACAGGUGCACAACUACAGACACUACUAACUACAGGUACACAACUACAGACACUACUAACUACAGGUACACAACUACAGACACUACUAACUACAGGUACACAACUACAGACACUAUUAACUACAGGUACACAACUACAGACACUACUAACUACAGGUACACAACUACAGACACUAUUAACUACAGGUACACAACUACAGACACUACUAACUACAGGUACACAACUACAGACACUACUAACUACAGGUACACAACUACAGACACUAUAACUACAGGUACACAACUACAGACACUAUUAACUACAGGUACACAAACUACAGACACUACUAACUACAGGUACACAACAAACUAACAGGUACACAAUACAGACACUAUUAACUACAGGUACAACAAACCCUACAAGGUACAAUACAACUACAGACACUAUUAACUACAGGUACACCAAAACUACAGACACUAACUACAGGUACACAACUACAGACACUAUUAACUACAGGUACACAACUACAGACACUAUUAACUACAGGUACACAACUACAGACACUAUUAACUACAGGUACACAACUACAGACACUAUUAACUACAGGUACACAACUACAGACACAAUUAACUACAGGUACACAACUACAGACACAUUAACUACAGGUACACAACUACAGACACCAACUACAGGUACACAACUACAGGUACACAACUACAGACACUAUUAACUACAGGUACACAACUACAGACACUACUAACUACAGGUACACAACUACAGACACCAUUAACUACAGGUACACAACUACAGACACUACUAACUACAGGUACACAACUACAGACACUAUUAACUACAGGUACACAACUACAGACACCAUUAACUACAGGUACACAACUACAGACACCAUUAACUACAGGUACACAACUACAGACACUACUAACUACAGGUACACAACUACAGACACUAUUAACUGCAGGUACACAACUACAGACACUAUUAACUGCAGGUACACAACUACAGACACUAUUAACUACAGGUACACAACUAGUUGUGUACCUGUAGUCCUCUGUAGCUCAGCUGGUAGAGCACGGCGCUUGUAACGCCAAGGUAGUGGGUUCGAUCCCCGGGACCACCCAUACACAAAAAAUGUAUGCACGCACGACUGUAAGUCGCUUUGGAUAAAAGCGUCUGCUAAAUGGCAUAUUAUUAUUAUUAUUAUUAUUAUUAUUAUAUAUUAUUAUUAUUAUAUUAUUAUUAUUAUUAUUAUUAUAGACACUACUAACUACAGGUACACAACUACAGACACUACUAACUACAGGUACACAACUACAGACACUACUAACUACAGGUACACAACUACAGACACUAACUACAUGUACACAACUACAGACACUAACUACAGGUACACAACUACAGACACAAACUACAGGUACACAACUACAGACACCAACUACAGGUACACAACUACAGACACCAACUACAGGUACACAACUACAGACACCAACUACAGGUACACAACUACAGACACCAACUACAGGUACACAACUACAGACACUAUUAACUACAGGUACACAACUACAGACACCAUUAACUACAGGGACACAACUACAGACACUAUUAACUACAGGUACACAACUACAGACACUACUAACUACAGGUACACAACUACAGACACCAUUAACUACAGGUACACAACUACAGACACCAUUAACUACAGGUACACAACUACAGACACUAUUAACUACAGGUACACAACUACAGACACCAUUAACUACAGGGACACAACUACAGACACUAACUACAGGUACACAACUACAGACACUAUUAACUACAGGUACACAACUACAGACACCAUUAACUACAGGGACACAACUACAGACACCAUUAACUACAGGGACACAACUACAGACACUAACUACAGGUACACAACUACAGACACUAUUAACUACAGGUACACAACUACAGACACCAUUAACUACAGGUACACAACUACAGACACCAUUAACUACAGGUACACAACUACAGACACCAUUAACUACAGGUACACAACUACAGACACUAUUAACUACAGGUACACAACUACAGACACCAUUAACUACAGGGACACAACUACAGACACCAUUAACUACAGGGACACAACUACAGACACUAUUAACUACAGGGACACAACUACAGACACUAUUAACUACAGGGACACAACUACAGACACCAUUAACUACAGGUACACAACUACAGACACCAUUAACUACAGGGACACAACUACAGACACCAUUAACUACAGGGACACAACUACAGACACUAUUAACUACAGGUACACAACUACAGACACUACUAACUACAGGUACACAACUACAGACACUUAACUACAGGUACACAACUAACCACUAACUACACAACUAACUACAGAUGCAGCACUAACUACACAGAUACACAAUAUCAACUACAGAUACACAACUACAGAGAUACUCCUACACAGAUGUACAACUACACUACUAACUACACAGAUAUACAACUACACAGAUGCACAACUACUAACUACACAGAUGCACAACUAACUACACAGAUAUAUAUAUAUAAACUACACAGACGCACAACAACAACCGCUAACGACACAGACGUGCAACUACAAAGAUGCCCAACUACAUUUUAGUCAUUUAGCAGAUGCUCUUAUCCAGAGCGACUUACAGUUAGUGAGUGCAUACAUUUUUCAUACUGGCCCCCCGUGGGAAUCGAACCCACAACCCUGGCGUUGCAAACGCCAUGCUCUACCAACUGAGCUACACAGACGCACAACUACACAACGAAAACUACUAGGUCUGACCCCAAUUAGUUGGUCGACACAUAAUUUUCUUGUCGUGCAGUAGCAUAGACAGUGCAUUUGGAAAGUAUUCAGACCCCUUGACUUUUCCACAUUUUGAUACGUUACAGCCUUAUUCUAAAAUGGAUUAAAAUGUCCUCCCUCAUCAAUCUACAAACAAUACCCCAUAAUGACAAAGCAAAAACUGAUUUUUAGAAAUUGUUUUAAAUAAAAACAAAUUAAGUAUUCAGACCCUUUACUAUGACACUCAAAAUUGAGCUCAGGUGCAUCCUGUUUCAGUUGAUCAUCCUUGAGAUGUUUCUACAACGUCAUUGGAGUCCACCUGUGGUAAAUUCAAUUGAUUGGACAUGAUUUGGAAAGGCACACACCUGUCUAUAUAAGGUCCCACAGUUGACAGUGCAUGUCAGAGCAAAAACCACCACUCAAACGUCAGCUACACAACUCUUGUUUUGAUCAGUAGUUACAGCCUGAGUCCAAGCAGGAGAGAUGAGUGGCCUUGUGUUCUAAGUCGGUGUAUGUGUGUAGGUGGCCAGCUCCUGUGCUGUGAGUCGUGUCCAGCAGCGUUUCAUCCAGACUGUCUGAACAUCGCCAUGCCGGAUGGCAGCUGGUUCUGUAAUGACUGCCGGGCCGGAAAGAAACCCAAAUACAGAGACAUCAUCUGGGUCAAACUGGGCAACUACAGGUCAGUACAGAGACAUGGGCAACUACAGGUCAGUACAGAGACAUGGGCAACUACAGGUCAGUACAGAGACAUGGGCAACUACAGGUCAGUACAGGACAUGGGCAACUACAGGUCAGUACAGAGACAUGGGCAACUACAGGUCAGUACAGAGACAUGGGCAACUACAGGUCAGUACAGAGACAUGGGCAACUACAGGUCAGUACAGAGACAUGGGCAACUACAGGUCAGUACAGAGACAUGGGCAACUACAGGUCAGUACAGAGACAUGGGCAACUACAGGUCAGUCAGCAGUAUGUUUGUGUAGAGCACUGCCUCUUCUCUUCCCUGGCCUAACUAACCCUAACCCUGUCCAGGUGGUGGCCUGCAGAGAUCCAGCAUCCUCGGAACAUCCCCACCAACAUCCAGCACCUUCGCCACGAGAUCGGAGAGUUCCCCGUCUUCUUCUUCGGUUCUAAGGACUACUUCUGGACGCACCAGGGCCGAGUGUUCCCCUACAUGGAGGGAGACCGGGGCAGCAGGUUCCAGAAGACUGGGAUAGGGAAGGUCUUCAGGAACGGUGAGCUGGAAUAUACAGCCAACCCCCAUCUUAUUGGAUCCUCUAAGCUAGGGGUUUCCCUAAAUCUGACCUGCCCCCCUAAAAAAUUAUAUGUGCACCUUGGGGGCGGGGGGGGGGUAAUAGUGUGUGUUAUAUAUACACAGUUGUGGAAAAAAUUAAGAGACCACUGCAAAUUGUUCUUAAAUCAGCAUCUCUACAUGUAUGACAGCCAUUCCAGUGUCUGUUGAAUUCCAACACAGGCACACCUCAUUCUACUGAAUUAGGUACUGAUUAGGUGAUCACCUGAACCAAAUCUUAUUUAACAAGGAAAAGUAUAAAAACCACUGCUGUGGUCAUCACUAUCCUCUUGCAAUAGGUCCAGCUGGAUGGCAAAAACAGUGCUAAUAGUACCUCAAAAGUAAUAUUAAUCCAAAAAUAACUAUUGACCAUGAGAACAUUUUGAGUGAGGAAAAGAAGAGUUCAAUUCUGGCUUUACUGGCAGAGGGAAACGGUGAGCGUCAGGUUGCUUCCAUCUUUAAAUUUUCAAAGACGGCGGUUCAUAAGAACAAGGUCAAGCAGCAGACAUUGGGGACAACAAAGCUACAGACCGGCAGAGGGCGAAAACGACUCUCUACUGACCGGGAUGACCGCCAACUCAUUCGAAUGUCACUCAACAACCGUAGGAUGACAUCAAGUGACCUACAAAAAGAAUGGCAAAUGGCAGCUGGGGUGAAGUGCACAGCGAGGACGGUUCGAAACAUGCUCCUAGGGGCAGGGCUGAAGUCGUGCAAAGCUAGAAAAAAGCCCUUCAUCAAUGAGAAGCAAAGAAGAGCCAGGCUGAGGUUUGCAAAAGACCAUAAGGAUUGGACCGUAGAGGACUGGAGUAAGGUAAUCUUCUCUGAUCCAAUUUUCAGCUUUGCCCAACACCUGGUCGUCUAAUGGUUAGAAGGAGACCUGGAGAGGCCUACAAGCCACAGUGUCUCGCACCCACUGAAAUUUGGUGGAGGAUCGGUGAUGAUCUGGGGGUGCUUCAGCAAGGCUGGAAUUGGGCAGAUUUGUCUUUGUGAAGGACGCAUGAAUCAAGCCACGUACAAGGUUGUCCAGGAAGAAAACUUGCUUCCUUUUGCUCUGACAUUGUUCCCCAACUCUGAGGAUUGGUUUUUCCAGCAGGGAAAUGCGCCAUGCCACACAGCCAGGUCAAUCAAGGUGUGGUUGGAGGACCACCAGAUCAAUACCCUGUCAUGGCCAGCCCAAUCUCCAGACCUGAACCCCAUUGAAAACUUCUGGAAUGUGAUCAAGAGGAAGAUGGAUGGUCACAAGCCAUCAAACAAAGCCGAGCUGCUUGAAUUUUUGCGCCAGGAGUGGCAUAAAGUCACCCAACAUCAAUGUGAGAGACUGGUGGAGAGCAUGCCAAGACUCAUGAAAGCUGUGAUUGUAAAUCAGGGUUAUUCCACCAAAUAUUGAUUUCUGAACUCUUCCUAAGUUAAAACAUUAUUAUUGUGUUUAAAAAUGAACAUGAACUUAUUUUCUUUGCAUUAUUCGAGGUCUGACAACACUGCAUCUUUUUUGUUAUUUUGACCAGUUGUCAUUUUCUGCAAAUAAAUGCUCUAAAUGACAAUAUUGUUAUUUGGAAUUUGGGAGAAAUGUUGUCAGUUUAUAGAAUAAAACAGAAAUGUUAUUUUUACCCAAACACAUACCUAUAAAUAGUAAAACCAGAGAAACUGAUCAUUUUGCAGUGGUCUCUUACAUUUUUCCAGACCUGUGUGUGUGUGUGUGUGGCAGACCAAGUGUAACAACACCUGCACAGGAUUGGUACAUCCGAACAUCACACCUGCGGGACAGGUACAGGAUGGCAACAACAACUGCCCGAGUUACACCAGGAACGCACAAUCCCUCCAUCAGUGCUCAGACUGUCCGCAAUAGGCUGAGAGAGGCUGGACUGAGGGCUUAUAGGCCUGUUGUAAGGCAUGUCCUCACCAGACAUCACCGGCAACAACGUCGCCUAUGGGCACAAACCCACCGUCGCUGGACCAGACAUGACUGGCAAAAGUUCUCUUCACUGACGAGUCGCGGUUUUGUCUCACCAGGGGUGAUGAUCGGAUUCGUGUUUAUCGUCGAAGGAAUGAGCGUUACACCGAGGCCUGUACUCUGGAGUGGGAUCGAUUUGGAGGUGGAGGGUCCGUCAUGGUCUGGGGCGGUGUGUCACAGCAUCAUCGGACUGAGCUUGUUGUCAUUGCAGGCAAUCUCAACGCUGUGCAUUACAGGGAAGACAUCCUCCUCCCUCAUGUGGUACCCUUCCUGCAGGCUCAUCCUGACAUGACCCUCCAGCAUGACAAUGCCACCAGCCAUACUGCUCAUUCUGUGCGUGAUUUCCUGCAAGACAGGAAUGUCAGUGUUCUGCCAUGGCCAGCGAAGAGUCCGGAUCUCAAUCCCAAGAGGGUGAGGGCUAGGGCCAUUCCCCACAGAAAUGUCUGGGAACUUGCAGGUGCCUUGGUGGAAGACUGGGAUAACAUCUCACAGCAUGAACUGGCAAAUCUGGUGCAGUCCAUGAGGAGGAGAUGCACUGCAGUACUUAAUGCAGCUGGUGGCCACACCAGAUACUGACUGUUACUUUUGAUUUUGACCCUCCCCCCCUUUGUUCAGGGACACAUUAUUCAAUUUCUGUUAGUCACAUGUCUGUGGAACCUGUUCAGUUUAUGUCUCAGUUGUUGAAUCUUGUUAUGUUCAUACAAAUAUUUACACAUGUUAAGUUUGCUGAAAAUAAACACUUGACAGUGAGAGGACGUUUCUUUUUUUGCUGAGUUUACAUACAGUGUAUUCUGAAAGUUUUCAGACCCCUUGACUUGUUCUAAAAUUGAUUAAAUACAUGUUUUCAUCAAUCUAAACACAAUACCCCAUAAUGACAAUAUAUAUAUAUAUAUAUUUUUUUUGGCACAUACAAAUAAAAAAAUGUGUUUACAUAAGUAUUCAGACCCUUUGCUAUGAUACUCAAAAUUGAGCUCGUGCCUCCUGUUUCCCAUUGAUCAUCCUUGAGAUGUUUCUACAACUUGAUUGGAGUCCACCUGUGGUAAAUUCAAUUGAUUGGAUAUUAUUUGGAAAGGCACACACCUGUCUAUAUAAGGUCUCACAGUUGACAGUGCAUGUCAGAGCAAAAACCAAGCUAUGAGGUCGAAGGAAUUGUCUGUAGAGCUCCGAGACAGGAUUGUGUCGAGGCACAGAUCUGGGGAAGGGUACCAAAACAUUUCUGCAGCAUUGAAGGUCCCCAAGAACACAGUGGCCUCCAUCAUUCUUAAAUGGAAGAAGUUUGGAACCACCAAGACUGGCCGCCCGGCUAAACUGAGCAAUCUGGGGAGAAGGGCCUUGGUCAGGGAGGUGACCAAGAACCCAAUGGUCACUCUGACAGAGCUCCAGAGUUCCUCUGUGGAGAUGGGAGAAACCUUCCAGAAGGACAACCAUCUCUGCAGCACUCCACCAAUCAGGCCUUUAUGGUAGAGUGGCCAGACGGAAGCCACUCCUCAGUAAAAGGCACAUGACAGCCCUUUACUCAGUACUUUGUUGAAGCACCUUUGGCAGCGAGUACAGCCUCGAGUCUUCUUGGGUAUUUCGCUACAAGCUUGGCAUACCUGUAUUUGGGGAGUUUCUCCCAAUUUUCUCUGCAGAUCCUCUCAAGCUCUGUCAGGUUGGAUGGGGAGCGUCGCUGCACAGCUAUUUUCAGGUCUCUCCAGAGAUGUUCGAUCUGGUUCAAGUCCGGGCUCUGGCUGGGCCACUCAAGGACAUUCAGAGACUUGUCCCGAAGCCACUCCUGUGUUGUCUUGGCUGUGUGCUUAGGGUCGUUGUCCUGUUGGAAGGUGAACCUUCGCCCCAGUCUGAGGUCCUGAGCACUCUGGAGCAGGUUUUCAUCAAGGAUCUCUCUGUACUUUGCUCCGUUCAUCUUUCCCUCGAUCCUGACUAGUAUUUAUUAUGGAUCCCCAUUAGUUCCUGCCAAGGCAGCAGCUAUUCUUCCUGGGGUCCAGAAAAAAUUAAGGCAGUUAUACAAUUUUUUAAACAUUGCAAUACAUUCACAGAUUUCACAACACACUGUGUGCCCUCAGGCCCCUACUCCACCACUACCACAUAUCUACAGUACAAAAUCCAUGUGUACGUGUGUGUGUAUAGUGCGUAUGUUAUAGUGUGUCUAUGUUUGUGUUGCUUAACAGUCCCUGCUGUUCCAUAAGGUGGAUUUUUAUCAGUUUUUUAAAUCUAAUUUUACUACUUGCAUCAGUCACUUGAUGUUGAAUAGACUUCCAUGUAGUCAUGGCUCUAUGUAGUACUGUGGUCCUCUGUAGCUCAAUUGGUAGAGCACGGCGCUUGUAACGCCAGGGUAGUGGGUUCGAUCCCCGGGACCACCCAUACGUAAAAAUGUAUGCACACAUGACUAAGUCGCUUGGAGCAUCUGCUAAAUGGCAUAUUAUUAUUAUCAUAUUAUUAUUACUGUGUGCCUCCCAUAGUCUGUUCUGGACUUGGGGACUGUGAAGAGACCUCUGGUGGCAUGUCUUGUGGGGUAUGCAUGGGUGUCUGAGCUGUGUUCUAGUAGUUCAAACAGACAGGUCAGUGCAUUCAACAUGUCAAUACCUCUCACAAAUACAAGUAGUGAUGAAGUCAAUCUCUCCUCCACUUUGAGCCAGGAGAGAUUGACAUGCAUAUUAUUAAUAUUAGCUCUCUUUGUACAUCCAAGGGCCAGCCGUGCUGCCCUGUUCUGAGCCAAUUGCAAUUUUCCUAAGUCCCUUUUUGUGGCACCUGACCUCACGACUGAACAGUAGUCCAGGUGUGACCAAACUAGGGCCUGUAGGACCUGCCUUGUUGAUAGUGCUGUUAAGAAGGUAGAGCAGCGCUUAAUUAUGGACAGACUUCUCCCGACUGAACAGUAGGACCUGCCCUGUUGAUAGUGCUGUUAAGAAGGCAGAGCAGGGCAGUAUUUGUUUUGCUCUGACAUGCAUUGUCAAGGAUGAUCAGUGGAAACAGGAUGUGCCUGAGCAAGUUCCAGUCUCAUAGCAAAGGGUCUGAAUACUGUAAAUAAGGAAUUUCUAUUUUUUUAUUUAAUACAUUUGACAAAAAUUAUACAAACCUGUUUUCGCUUUGUCAUUAUUGGGUAUUGUGUGUAGAUAGAGAGAGAUAGAUAUAAAACAUUUUUUUUAAUAAGGCUGUAACAUAACAAAAUGAGGAAAAGUCAAGGGGUGUGAAUACUUUCCGAAUGCACUGUAACUAACAACAUAAUAUAACUACAUAUGUUAUUAAUAUAAUAUAACAAUAUAAUCUCUCUCCAGCGCUUUUGGAGGCGGAGACUCGCUUCAAGGAGAUCAAGAUGGAACGGGAGGCCAAGGAGGCGCUGGAGAACAACAGGAAACCCCCUCCAUACAAAUACAUCAAGGUAUAACCCUAACCCUAGUCCAUCAAACUCAGUCCAACCUAGUCCAUCAAACUCAGUCCAACCUAGUCCAUCAAACUCAGUCCAACCUAGUCCAUCAAACUCAGUCCAACCUAGUCCAGUUUUGAUAUAUUACAUGUAUGUAAUAGUUGUUCUCCCCUGUGUGUGUGCUGCAGAUCAACAAGCCAUGUGGCCGGGUGCAUGUCUAUACAGCCGACGUGUCGGAGAUCCCCAAGUGUAACUGUAAGCCCACGGACGAGAAGCCAUGUGGGUUUGAGUCAGAAUGCCUGAACAGGAUGUUGAUGUACGAGUGCCACCCUCAGGUCUGUCCCAACGCAGAGCGAUGCUGCAACCAGGAAUUCACCAAGAGACACUACCCAGAGACUAAGAUCAUCAAGACUGCUGGCAAGGGCUGGGGCCUGGUGGCUCUACGGGAUAUUAAGAAGGUAUAUUUACUAUAGACAGUGGAUUGGGAAAGUAUUCAGACCCCUUGACUUUUUCCACAUUUUGUUACUUUACAGCCUUAUUCUAAAAUGGAUUUAAAUGUUUUUUUUCUCUCAUUCUAUACACAAUACCCCGUAAUGACAAAGCAAAACAGGCUUUUAGAAUUUUUUCAAAUGCGGAGCAGGUUGUAAUCAAGGAUCUCUCUGUACUUUGCUCCGUUCAUCUUUCCCUCGAUCCUGACUAGUCUCCCUGCCGCUGAAAAACAUCCCCACAGCAUGGUGCUGCCACCACCAUGCUUCACCGUAGGGAUGGUGCCAGGUUUCCUCCAGACGUCACGCUUGGCAUUCAGGCCAAAGAGUUCUAUCUUGGUUUCAUCAGAGUCCUUUAGGUGCCUUUUGGCAAACUCCAAGCGGGCUUUCGUGCCUUUUACUGAGGAGUUGCUUCCAUCUGGCCACACUCCCAUAAAGGCCUGAUUGGUGGAGUGCUGCAGAGAUGAUUGUCCUUCUGGAAGGUUCUCCCAUCUCCACAGAGGAACUCUAGAGCUCUGUCAGUGACCAUCAGGUUUUUGGUCACCUCCCUGACCAAGGCCCUUCUCCCCCGAUUGCUCAGUUUGGCCGGGCAGCCAGCUCUAGGAAGGGUCUUGGUGGUUCCAAACUUCUUCCAUUUAAGAAUGAUUAUUUAAAAAAAAUUGUAUUUAACCUUUAUUUAACUAGGCAAGUCAGUUAAGAACAAAUUCUUAUUUACAAUGACGGCCUACCCCGGCCAAACCCGGACGACACUGGGCCAAUUGUGCGCCGCCCUAUUGGACUCCCAAUCACGGCAGAUUGUGAUUCAGCCUGGGUCUGUAGUGACGCCUCUAGCACUGAGAUGCAGUGCCUUAGACCGCUGCGCCACUCGGGAGGCCGCUGUGUUCUUGGGGACCUUCAAUGCUGCAGAAAUGUUUUGGAACCCUUCCCCAGAUCUGUGCCUCGACACAAUCCUGUCUCGGAGCUCUACGGACAAUUCCUUCGACCUCAUAGCUUGGUUUUUACUCUGACAUGCACGGUCAACUGUGGGACCUUUUAUAGACAGGUGUGUGCCUUUCCAAAUGAUGUCCAAUCAAUUGAAUUUACCACAGGUGGACUACAAUCAAGUUGUAGAAACAUCUCAAGGAUGAUCAAUGGAAACAGGAGGCACGAGCUCAAUUUCGAGUCUCAUAGCAAAGGGUCUGAAUACUGUAAAUAAGGUAUUUCAGUUUUUUAUUUUUACAUUUGCAAAAAUGUAUAACCUGUUUUCGCUUUGUCAUUAUGGGGAAUUGUGUGAAGAUUGAUGAGGAAUUUUUAUUUAUUUAAUGCAUUUUAGAAUAAGGCUGUAACGUAACAAAAUGUGGAAAAGGGGAAGGGGUCUGAAUGCACUGCUAUGGCCAUGUCACAGCCAUGAUAAACAUGUCAUAACACUUUGCAUAAAUAUAUUAUAGAUAUUAUAUUGUUUAUAUUAUUAUACAAAAGGUGAGGAGAGGAUUUAUUACAGUAGUUUAUAGAUGAUCAAAUCAAACUUUAUUUGUCACAUGCGCCGAAUACAACAGGUGUAGACCUUACAGUGAAAUGCUUAUUUACAAGACCUUAACCAGCAAUGCAGUUUUUAGAAAAUAGAGUUAAGAAAAUAUUUACUAAAUAAAACGUCACACAAUAAGAUAACAAUAAUGAGACUAUAUACAGGGGGUACCGGUACCAAGUCAAUGUGUGGAGCUACAGGUUAGUAGAGGUAAUAUGUACAUGUAGGUGUGACUAUAAAUAGAUAUUAAACAGCGAGUAGCAGCAGUGUAAAUCAAAGGGGGGGGGGGGGGGGGGGUUAAUGCCAAUAGUCCUGGUAGCCAUUUGAUUAAUUGUUCAGCAGUCUUAUGGCUUGGGGGUAGAAGCUGUUGAGGAGCCUUUUGGACCUAGAAUUGGAGCUCCGGUACCGCUUGCCGUGCGGUAGCAGAGAGAACAGUCUAUGACUAGGGUGACUGGAGCCUUUGGCAAUUUUUUGGGCCUUCCUCUGACACCGCCUGGUAUAGAGGUCCUGGAUGGCAGGAAGCUUUGCCCCAGUGAUGUACUGGGCCGUAUGCAUUACCCUCUGUAGUGCCUUACGGUUGGAGGCCGAGCAGUUGCCAUACCAGGCGGUGAUGCAACCAGUCAGGAUGCUCUCAAUGGUGCAGCUGUAAAACUUUUUGAGGAUCUGGGGACCCAUUCCAAAUCGUUUCAGUCUCCUGAGGGGGAAUAGGCAUUGUCGUGCCCUCUUCACAACUUUCUUGGUGUGUUUGGACCAUGAUAGUUUGUUGGUGAUGUGGACACCAAGGAACUUGAAGCUCUCAACCUGUUCCACUACAGCCCUGUUGAUGUGAAUGGGGGCGUGCUCAGUCCUCCUUUUCCUGUAGUCCACAAUCAUCUCCUUUGUCUUGGUCACGUUGAGGGAGAGGUUGUUGUCCUGGCACCACACUGCCAGGUCUCUGACCUCCUCCCUAUAGGCUGUCUCAUCAUUGUCGGUGAUCUGGGCUACCACAUGUUAUGUCGUCAGAAAACUUAAUGUUGGUGUUGGAGUCGUGCUUGGCCACGCAAUCGUGGGUGAACAGGGAGUACAGGAGGGGACUGAGCACGCACCCCUGAGGGGCCCCCGUGUUGAGGAUCAGCGUGGAAGAUGUGUUUUUGCUUACCCUUACCACCUGGGGGCGGCCCGUCAGGAAGUCCAGGAUCCAGUUAGAGAGGGUGUUUAGUCCCAGGGUCCUUAGCUUAGUGAUGAGCUUUGAGGGCACUAUGGUGUUGAAUGCUGAGAUGUAGUCAAUGAACAGCAUUCUCAGGUGUUCCUUUAGUCCAGGCGGGAAAGGGCAAAGUGGAGUGCGAUUGAGAUUGCGUCAUCUGUGGAUCUGGUAGGGCGGUAUGCGAAAUGGAGUGGGUCUAGGGUUUCUGGGAUAAUGGUGUUGAUGUGAGCCAUGACCAGCCUUUCAAAGCACUACAUGGGUAUCAGUAAUCUGAUUGGUGAAGGUGAAUAAGUGCUCUGAUUGGUGGAUGCCUCUCCGCAGGGGGAGUUUGUGAAUGAGUACAUCGGAGAGCUGAUCGAUGAAGAGGAAUGUCGCACCAGGAUCAAGGACUACCAGGAGAAUGACAUCACUCACUUCUACAUGCUUACCAUCGACAAGGUACCCUCCCUGGUGUAGUACACUACUCUACCCUCCCUGGUGUAGUACACUACUCUACACUACCCUCCCUGGUUGUAUACAACUACUCCUACACUACCCUCCCUGUGUAGUACACUACUCACCCUCGCCGGGUGUAGUACAAUACUCGACUACUCCAAAACUCUAACCCUCCCUGGUGUAGUACACUACUCUACUCUAACCCGCCCGUGUAGUACACUACUCUCACUAAUUCCUCCCCUGGUGUAGUAACCUACUCUACUCUACCCUCCCUGGGGUAGUACCUACGUCGAUUACCCCUCCCGGUGUAGUACACUACUCUACACUACCCUCCCUGGUGUAGUACACUACUCUACCCUCCCUGGUGUAGUACACUACUCUCGCUACCUCCCUGUGUAGUACACUACUCUACUACUCUAUACCCUCCCUGGUGUAGUAACACUACUCUAAACCCUCCCGGUGUAGUACACUACGCUACACUAGCCUCCUGGUGUGUACACUACUCUACUACUCUAUCUACUCACCUCCCGGUGGAGUACACCUACUCUACACUAUCCUCCGGUUUUAGUAACACUACCCCCCCCUUGGGUAGUAAUACUCUACUCACCCUCCUGGGUGUAGAAAAUACUCUACUCUACCCUCCUGGGUUAGUACACCAAAAUCACCUAUCCUUGUGUAGUACACUACUCUACUCUACUCCCUGGGUGUAGUAAAACUACUCUACUCUACCCUCCCUGGUUGUAGUACAUUUACUCUCUCACUACCCUCCCUUUUUGGUGUAGUACACUACUCUACCCCCCCUGGUGUAGUACACCCCUUAAACUCUACCCCCCCUGGUGUAGUACACUACUCUCUCUACCCUCCCGGGUUUGUUGUAGUACACUACUCUACUCACCCCCCCUGGUGUAGUACACUACUUAUCCCCCCGGUGUAGUAAAAUACUCUACUUCAAACCCCCUGGUGUAGUACACUAUCUACUUUUCCCCCUCCCUGGGAGUAACUACUACUUAACCUCCUGGUGUAGUACACUUACUCUACCUACCCUCCGGUGUGUAUACACUACUCUACUCUACCCUCCCUGGUGUAGUACACUACUCUACCCUCCCUGGUGUAGUACACUACUCUACUCUACCCUCCCUGGUGUAGUACACUACUCUACUCUACCCUCCCUGGUGUAGUACACUACUCUACUCUACCCUCCCUGGUGUAGUACACUACUCUACUCUACCCUCCCUGGUGUAGUACACUACUCUACUACUACCCUCCCCUGGUGUAAGUACACUUACUCUACUCUACCCUCCCUGGUGUAGUACACUACUCUACACUAUCCUCCCUGGUGUAGUACACUACUCUACACUAUCCUCCCUGGUGUAGUACACUACUCUACUCUAUCCUCCCUGGUGUAGUACACUACUCUACACUAUCCUCCCUGGUGUAGUACACUACUCUACUCUAUCCUCCCAGGUGGAGUACAUUUACAUGUUCGUCAUUGAGCGGAUGCUCUCAACCAGAGUGACUUAGUGCAUUCAUCUUAAUAAGAUAACUAGGUGGGACAACCACAUAUCACAGACAUAGCUACUUUAUUAAGGAAAAAUAUACUUACGCUGAUAGUAUCAGAGCUAGUGAGUGGGGAAAAAAGUAAAGUGCAAGUGUUUCACCAAAUCUUUUUUGGGGGUGAUGUGGGUGGUGCUGUGAAAUUGUUUUCAGAUGUUCAGGGACUGCUAUCGUAGCUUCAGGGGGAAGCUGGUUCCACUAUUGGGGUGCCAGGACAGAGAAAAGCUGUCUGCUCCUCCAUGAGAGGACCUGUCUGUCUGUGGCAGUGUCCCUGAUUUGCUGGAGCCAGAGGAACAGUAUUGCUUUGGGGAUGUUACACUCAAGACCUCUGUGACAUUACAGAAAACAAUACUACACAUCUAUAACUGUAGCUCUAUCUUAAUACUACACAUCUAUAACUGUAUCUGUCUUUUUCUGUUCCUAUAAUAUUACUGCAUACCUCACCAGCCUGACCUGUGUUGUUUCCAGGAUCGGAUCAUAGACGCCGGCCCUAAAGGGAAUUACUCCCGCUUCAUGAACCACAGCUGCCAGCCCAACUGUGAGACGCAGAAAUGGACGGUGAACGGAGAUACCAGGGUUGGGCUGUUCGCGGUCUGUGACAUCCCUGCUGGUGAGAAUCAACCACCACCUUGGUCAGGUCGUUAUUGUAAAAUAAAAAAGAUGGUAUGCCAGAGAUGUCUAAUGCUGUUGUCUUGGUGGUUUGGUUUAUUGACAGGCCAGAGAUGUCUAAUGCUGUUGUCUUGGUGGUUUGGUUUAUUGACAGGCCAGAGAUGUUUAAUGCUGUUGUCUUGGUGGUUUGGUUUAUUGACAGGCCAGAGAUGUUUAAUGCUGUUGUCUUGGUGGUUUGGUUUAUUGACAGGCCAGAGAUGUUUAAUGCUGUUGUCUUGGUGGUUUGGUUUAUUGACAGGCCAGAUAUGUUUAAUGCUGUUGUCUUGGUGGUUUGGUUUAUUGACAGGCCAGAGAUGUCUAAUGCUGCUGUCUUGGUGGUUGGUUUAUUGACAGGCCAGAGAUGUUUAAUGCUGUUGUCUUGGUGGUUUGGUUUAUUGACAGGCCAGAGAUGUUUAAUGCUGUUGUCUUGGUGGUUUGGUUUAUUGACAGGCCAGAGAUGUUUAAUGCUGUUGUCUUGGUGGUUUGGUUUAUUGACAGGCCAGAUAUGUUUAAUGCUGUUGUCUUGGUGGUUUGGUUUUAUUGACAGGCCAAGAGAUGUCUAAUGCUGCUGGUCUUGGUGGUUUGGUUUAUUGACAGGCCAGAGAUGUUUAAUGCUGUUGUCUUGGUGGUUUGGUUUAUUGACAGGCCAGAGAGAUGUCUAAUGCUGUUGUCUUGGUGGUUUGGUUUAUGACAGGCCAGAUAUGUUUUAAAUGCUGUUGUCUGGUGGUUUGGUUUAUUGACAGGCCAGAGAUGUUUAAUUGCUGUUGUCUUGGUGGUUUUGGUUUAUGUGACAGGCCAGAGAUGUUUAAUGCUGUUGUCUUGGUGGUGGUUGGUUUAUUGACAGGCCAUAGAUGUUUAAUGCUGUUGUCUGGUGGUUUGGUUUAUUGACAGGCCAGAGAUGUUUUAAUGCUGUUGUCUUGGUGGUUUGGUUUAUUGACAGGCCAGAGAUGUUUAAUGCUGUUGUCUUGGUGGUUUGGGUUUAUUGACAGGCCAGAGAUGUUAAUGCUGUUGUCUUGGUGGUUUGGUUAUUGACAGGCCAGAGAUGUUUAAUGCUGUUGUCUUGGUGGUUUGGUUUUAUUGACAGGCCAGAGAUGUUUUAAUGCUGUUGUCUUGGUGGUUUGGUUUAUUGACAGGCCAGAGAUGUUUAUGCUGUUGUCUUGGUGGUUUGGUUUUAUUGACAGGCCAGAGAUGUUUAAUGCUGUUGUCUUGGUGGUUUGGUUUAUUGACAGGCCAGAGAUGUCUAAUGCUGUUGUCUUGGUGGUUUGGUUUAUUGACAGGCCAGAGAUGUUUAAUGCUGUUGUCUUGGUGGUUUGUGGUUUAUUGACAGGCCAGAUGAUGUUUAAUGCUGUUGUCUUGGUGGUUUGGUUUAUUGACAGGCCAGAGAUGUUUAAUGCUGUUGUCUUGGUGGUUUGGUUUAUUGACAGGCCAGAGAUGUUUAAUGCUGUUGUCUUGGUGGUUUGGUUUAUGACAGGCCAGAGAUGUUAAUUGCUGUUGUCUUGGUGGUUGGUUUAUUGACAGGCCAGAGAUGUUUAAUGCUGUUUGUCUUGGUGGUUUUGGUUUAUUGACAGGCCAGAGAUGGUUUAAUGCUGUUGUCUUGGUGGUUUGGUUUAUUGACAGGCCAGAGAUGUUUAAUGCUGUUUUGUCUUGGUGGUUUGGUUUAUUGACAGGGCCCGAGAGAUGUGUUAAUGCUGUUUGUCUUGGUGGUUGUGGUUUAUUGACAGGCCAGAGAUGUUUAAUGCUGUUGUCUUGGUGGUUUGGUUUAUUGACAGGCCAGAGAUGUUUAAUGCUGUUGUCUUGGUGGUUUGGUUUAUUGACAGGCCAGAGAUGUUUAAUGCUGUUGUCUUGGUGGUUUGGUUUAUUGACAGGCCAGAGAUGUUUAAUGCUGUUGUCUUGGUGGUUUGGUUUAUUGACAGGCCAGAGAUGUUUAAUGCUGUUGUCUUGGUGGUUUGGUUUAUUGACAGGCCAGAGAUGUUUAAUGCUGUUGUCUUGGUGGUUUGCUCAAGGGAAGUUGUAAUAAUAUUCUAGUGUGUUGUGGUCUGCAGGUACAGAGCUGACCUUCAACUACAACCUGGAUUGCCUUGGUAAUGAGAAGACUGUGUGUCGCUGUGGGGCUCCCAACUGUAGUGGUUUCCUUGGAGACCGGCCCAAGGUGAGUUGGCUUCUCUUGGUACAUACAAGACAAGUAGAUUUAGAACAUCCAUACUUUAUAACACCUUUUAAAAGUCUGAAAGAUGAUACCCCAAGGAACAGAUGGAAUUCUUGAGGUCCAUCUAACAGCCCAAACAUGGGGUCUGCCCCCACCUGACUGUUUCCUGUCAGACCUCUGGUGGACAGAACCCUAUCUGACUGUUUCCUGUCCAGACCUCUGGUGGCCAUGCCCCUAUCUGACUGUUUCCUGUCCAGACCUCUGGUGGACAGACCCAUAUCUGACUGUUCUUUCCUGUCCAGACCUCUGGUGGCCAGAACCCUAUCUGACUGUUUCCUGUCCAGACCUCUGGUGGCCAGGCCCAUAUCUGACUGUUCUUCCCUGUCCAGACCUCUGGUGGCCAGGCCCAUAUCUGACUGUUCUUCCCUGUCCAGACCUCUGGUGGCCAUGCCCCUAUCUGACUGUUUCCUGUCCAGACCUCUGGUGGCCAGAACCUAUCUGACUGUUUCCUGUCCAGACCUCUGGUGGCCAGGCCCAUAUCUGACUGUUCUUCCCUGUCCAGACCUCUGGUGGCCAGGCCCAUAUCUGACUGUUUCCUGUCCAGACCUCUGGUGGCCAUGCCCCUAUCUGACUGUUUCCUGUCCAGACCUCUGGUGGCCAUGCCCCUAUCUGACUGUUUCCUGUCCAGACCUCUGGUGGCCAGGCCCAUAUCUGACUGUUCUUCCCUGUCCAGACCUCUGGUGGCCAUGCCCCUAUCUGACUGUUUCCUGUCCAGACCUCUGGUGGACAGACCCAUAUCUGACUGUUCUUUCCUGUCCAGACCUCUGGUGGCCAGGCCCAUAUCUGACUGUUUCCUGUCCAGACCUCUGGUGGACAGAACCCUAUCUGACUGUUUCCUGUCCAGACCUCUGGUGGCCAUGCCCCUAUCUGACUGUUUCCUGUCCAGACCUCUGGUGGCCAGACCCAUAUCUGACUGUUCUUCCCUGUCCAGACCUCUGGUGGCCAUGCCCUAUCUGACUGUUUCCUGUCCAGACCUCUGGUGGCCAGAACCCUAUCUGACUGUUUCCUGUCCAGACCUCUGGUGGCCAGGCCCAUAUCUGACUGUUCUUCCCUGUCCAGACCUCUGGUGGCCAGGCCCAUAUCUGACUGUUUCCUGUCCAGACCUCUGGUGGCCAUGCCCCUAUCUGACUGUUUCCUGUCCAGACCUCUGGUGGCCAUGCCCCUAUCGACUGUUUCUGUCCCAGACCUCUGGUGGCCAGGGCCCCUAUCUGACCCGUUCUUCCCGGGCCAGACCUCUGGUGGGCCAGGCCCAUAUCUGACUGUUCUUCCCUGUCCAGACCUCUGGUGGCCAUGCCCCUAUCUGACUGUUUCCUGUCCAGACCUCUGGUGGCCAGGCCAUAUUGACGUUCUUCCUGUCCAGACCUUUGGGGGCCCGGCCGUGGAGCCCAAGGGGGAAAAAACCCAAAAAAGAAGGUUUAAAAAGCGCGGGUGCGUAAUGAGGGGGAAAGGGGUCUGAGGACGAGUGUUUCCCCUGCAGAGAUGGAGGGCAGUGGUUCGUGUGACAAGAAGACUGCACCAGGCUACCACCUCUCCUGACCCUGCCGGACCCGCACCGAAGAGGCCCCUCCGACAGACCCCGACUAACCCUAACCCUAACCUACCCCUAACACCCUAACCACCACCCUAACCCUACCUAACCCACCACCCCUAACCCCCUCCUAACCCACAACCCAACCCCCUACAACCACCGAUAAGAUAACCGACAACCCAACCGAAACCACACCCCGAACCCCCGAGACCACGAACCCAAACCCCCGAAACCCGACACCCCGAAACCCGAACCCGAACCCCGAACCCCCGAACCCGACCACCCUAACCCCCUAACCCGACCACCCGAACCCACCGAACCCGACACCCGAACCCCGAACCCUGACCACCCCAACCCACAACCCUAACAACCACCGAACCCUAACACACCGAACCCAGAACCCACCACCGACCUAACCACGAACCCAACCACCGUACCCCAGCAACCCUAACACACCCGAACCACCAACCCGACACCCCGAACCAGACCCCUAACCACGAACCACCACGAACCACCCGAACCUACAACCCGAACCCCAACCCCGAACAACCCUAACCCCCUAACCCAACACCACCACCCCUAA